GUUUGUUCCUGUUGAGUUGUCAGUGAGAAGAGACGCACCGACAGACAGACGCUGCUCUCAGAGACAAAAUGGCUUCUAUGUCAGAGGAGGAUUUCUGCUGUUCGGUCUGUCAUGAAGUCUUUAGAGAUCCUGUUGUUCUGUCAUGUAGCCACAGCUUCUGUAGAGACUGUCUGAAGAGCUGGUGGACACAGAAACCAAUACAGGAGUGUCCAGUUUGUAAGAGAAGAUCUUCAAAGCCAGAACCACCUCGUAACCUGGAGUUAAAGAAGCUGUGUGAGAGUUUCUUACAGCAGAGAGAUCAGAGAGCUUCAGAGGCUCUCUGCAGUCUGCACUCUGAGAAACUCAAACUCUUCUGUCUGGACCAUCAGCAGCCAUUGUGUGUCGUCUGUCUACAUUCAGAAAAACACUCCAACCACAGAAUCAGACCCAUCGAUGAAGCUGCACGACAACACAAGAAGGAAAUCCAGGAAACUCUGGAGCCCUUAAAGAAGAAGAUAAAGGUUUUUGAACAAGUUAAAGUGAAGUGUGAUCAAACAGCAAAAUACAUGAAGGUCCAGGCCCGACGCACAGAGACGCAGAUUAAGGAUCAGUUUAAGAAGCUUCACCUGUUUCUAGAAGAGGAAGAGGAGGCCAGGAUGGCUGCACUGAGGGAGGAAGAGGAGCAGAAGAGUCAGGCUCUGAUAGACGAGGCCAAACACCUGGGCAACCUGAGCUUCAACAUCUGGAACAGGAUGAAGGAGAUGGUUUCCUACUCUCCUCUGAUUCUGGACCAAAACACUGCUAGUCCAAACCUCAUCCUAUCUGAAGAUCUGACAAGUGUGAGAUGGGGAGAGUAUCAGCAACUUCCUGACAAUCCAAAGAGGUUUGAUGGUCAUCUCUCUGUCGUGUGCUCUGAGGGCUUUAACUCAGGGACUCACAGCUGGGAUGUCGAGGUUGGAGACAAUACAUACUGGGCACUGGGUGUGUUAGCAGAAUCUGUCCAGAGGAAGGGAGUCAUACGGUCUGGUUUAUGGAGAAUACGGUUCUAUAAAGGUGAAUACUCAGCAUGGUCUCCACCAGCUCCAAACACUGAUCUUACAUUUAAGAAGAAGCUCCAGCGGAUCAGAGUGACUCUGGACUGGAACAGAGGAAAGCUGUCGUUCUCUGAUCCUGAUACUAACACACACAUACACACCUUCACACACACUUUCACUGAGAGGCUGUUUCCAUACUUUAGGCCUGGGGAUUUCAUUAGCACUGGGGAUACAGUCCCACUGAAGAUAUCACCACUGAAGGUCUGUGUGACAAAACAACAGGUCUGAUAGUCUUCAGUUUGAAGGGGGUGAUAAUAAUAGCAAACAACUAUUGUAUAUAAAACUGAUUCCAUCAGUACAUGAGUCAGCUGAAUAAAAUACAACUAAAGGUUUUAAGAAGCUAAAACAUAAAAUGGUUCUUAAAGAGAGAGGAAUAAUAACUUAGUUUUGUGUGAGGUUAACAUGUCUUUAAUAAUUGUUGGCUAAAAUAUUAUUUCAUAAACAGCUGAACGUUUUUAAAGUAAUAAUGCUGUG